AUGUUCACGCUCCUGAUGGUCUUGCCCCUUCGGAUGGUGCUGUACGCAACGCACUUGUAUCUGCAGAACCUAUCCUAUUUGUCACAUAUGAUUGAGAUCGUUUUGGUCCUGCUGUCGGACAAGCUUUUGUUGGCCAGUCGCAAAAUUAGCCGCCGGAUUAUGCAUACUCCCAGACGGGAGCGCCGAAUUCCGGAUGUUAGGAACCUAUUCCUUCUGUUAAUAAUCCACGAUCGGAUAAUCGCCUUCAUCAUAUUUCUCCAAAACACAGUCGAUUUUAUGACCAAAACGUGUUACGUCCUGAACCGAUUGAGCAAGAUCUUUGGUGUCUGUUCCCAUCGGCGAACCUGGAAAUUAAUGCUCCACGAUUCCGGAAUCAUCUGA